AUCAAUGAGCAGCGUAUUGCCGCGGCGCCGGUAUUCAAUUUAAGCAAAACUAUAUUGUUUAGUUUACUAAUGCUUGCCAACGGGUUAACAAGUCACUUUAAAAAACGUGAGACGCUCGUAAAAUUGUACAACGUAUACACGUACAAAAGUAAUUUUACGGUUCCGGUUUACAUUUGCAAGUAAAAAAAAAUUGCGAUUUUUAACGCGAAAAAAUCAAACUAACCGAAGUGCCUACAAAUUAGUGCAAAAAAAGAAAAUACGAUUAUUUCAGUGCCUAUCAAAACAAAAACUUAUUUUCGAAAAUGAACAACUGGUAUUCAAAUUAUCUGCCUGGCUGGGCGAAUCGUUGGCUAGCUCCACCACGACCAGUGAAUCCUUAUCGUGCUAUACGACCUGCGUAUGAAAAUUCCGCCGACGCUGAUGCCAUACUCACCGUACUCAAUGCAGAUCUCUGCCUAGAAGAGAAUAAUGACGAACACAAAACAGAUCAUUUCUUUGCCGCCAAAGAAGCUUUAAUUGUGCGACGCGGUGAUCCAUUCCGCCUGCGUAUACACUUCAAUCGUUCAUUCAAUCCCACACGCGAUGCCAUCAGUUUUAUAUUCACCGUCGGCGAUGAUCCAAAACCCAGUCCCGGCCAUGGCACACUGGUAGGACUGGUGCCACGUGAUGGCAUCGAUUAUCUCGGCGAUCCACUGGAUUGGGCUGCAGGCAUUGAAUCACACGAAGACACAGUACUUACGGUGCUCAUCAAACCUGCCGUCACUUGCCCCGUAACCGAAUGGAAAUUAGAUAUCGAUACGAAAUUGCUAACCGAUGGUUCGAAAACCUUUUCCAUACCCUUGCCAAUUUACGUGCUCUUCAAUCCGUGGUGCCCGGACGAUCAAGUCUACAUGGCCGAUUAUGAUAAACGCAAGGAGUAUGUUAUGCACGACACAACUCUUAUCUGGCGUGGUUCAUAUAAUCGCAUGCGUCCUUCGGUGUGGAAGUUGGGUCAAUUCGAGCGUCAUGUGCUGGAGUGCUCAAUAAAAUUACUCGGUACAGUGGGACGCAUACCCCCCGCCUAUCGCGGUGACCCAGUGCGUGUGGCGCGUGCACUUUCGGCCGCUGUGAAUUCGGUGGAUGAUGAUGGCGUAAUACUGGGCAAUUGGAGCGAGGACUUUUCGGGCGGUACGGCGCCAACUAAAUGGAUUGGAUCAACUGAAAUUUUGCAACAAUUCUAUAAAACACAGAAGCCUGUGAAAUUUGGGCAAUGUUGGAAUUUCUCGGGUGUACUAACCACAAUUGCGCGCACGCUCGGCAUACCGUCGCGUAUUGUCACUUGCUACUCGGCGGCGCAUGAUACGCAGGGUUCGCUGACAGUGGAUAUUUUUAUUGAUCAAAACAAUAAGAAGUUGGAUGCGGAGACCACUGAUUCCAUAUGGAACUAUCACGUUUGGAAUGAGGUGUGGAUGCAACGGCCAGAUUUAGGUAUUGGUCCGUAUGGCGGCUAUGGCGGUUGGCAAGCAGUGGAUGCAACGCCACAAGAGCCCUCGGAUAGCAUGUACCGUGUCGGCCCGGCCUCGGUAGUUGCAGUGAAGAAUGGUGAAAUAUUACGUCCUUUCGACUGUGGUUUCGUUUAUUCGGAGGUGAAUGCCGACAAGGUAUACUGGCGUUACAAUGGCCCAUAUCAACCCAUAAAGUUACUACGUAAGGACACCUUGGCAAUUGGGCAUUUAAUCAGCACAAAAGCGGUGCUCAAGUGGGAACGCGAUGAUAUCACAGAUACGUACAAGUACGAAGAGAAGACUGAUGAGGAACGUAAUACGAUGUUAAAGGCAUUAAAGCAAUCGCAGAACGCUUUCAGUCGCUACUACUUGAAUGACAGCUUCAAUGAGGUGGAGUUUGAUAUGUCGCUGAAGGAUGACAUCAAGAUCGGCGAGAGUUUCACGGUAAUAGUGAAAAUCACAAAUAAAUCCAAGGAUAAUGUGCAUGUGGCGAGCGGGCAGUUAAAUUGCGAUGCAGUGCUAUAUACAGGCAUCAAUGGAGAGGAGGUUAAGACGAUGCCCUUCGAAAUAGAAUUGAAGCCAGAAAUGUCUGAAUUUGUGCGAAUGGAAGUGCAGUUUGAAGAAUACUUUAGGAAAUUGACAUCGCAGGCCGCUUUCAAUAUUUCGUGCGCUGCCAAGGUGAAAGGUACCGAAUAUGAAUACUACGCACAGGAUGACUUCCGAGUACGCAAACCGGAUAUCAAAUUCACAUUCCAAGGAAAAAUUAUUUCCCAGCAAGCAGUGGAUGUGAUUGUACGCUUAACAAAUCCGCUGCCCAUACCACUUAAAAAGGGUUUAUUCUAUAUUGAAGGACCCGGUAUCGAGAAAGCGAUGAGAUUUAAGAUCGCUGAGAUCCCAGUCGGUGGCACAGCUGCCUCAACGUUCAAAUAUGUCCCACCUUAUGCGGGACGUGGUACACUUCUUGCCAAAUUCAAUUGUAAAGAACUCGAUGAUGUGGAUGGUUAUAUUCACUAUGAAAUUGAGCCAAGACCUGAAGAUGUUAUCAACAAUGGAACACAUCGAUCGCACAAUAUCAUACGGCGUAGAACCGAUGUGAUAGCAUGAAGAGUUUAUUGAAUAGUUGUUGUAUAUUUUAUGAUGAAAGUUAUCGGAUUUAUUUACAAAGUUGAAGUAAUCUCUCAAUAAAACCGAAAAGAUUUUUUAUUUA